UGAUCCGCACCAUUGGUGAGGUCCGGGGCCGCACAUAAUCCGCUUCCCAGCAGGCAAUGGUGUUGGAUUGAAUCCUACAUUCGGUUAGACGGACUGAAACGGCCAAUCAGAGAGACUGAAAAGCACAAAGUAAAAUGCGACGGCGACUUGUCCAAUUCGCAAAUGCAAAAUAAAAAGGGGAGCGGGUAAUCUCCAAACAUUGAAACUCCGCUACUGGAAACUCUAAAUCUUUUCUCGAAUUCUUGAGAUGUUUUCUGAUAGGAUGAUCUGCGGUUCUCGAUCACACCUUUUCAACUCCAAGAUCUAUUUCUCGUCGUUCAUACUUUUCUUGAUUCUUGCAUUGAGUUUCUUAGCAAAGGUCCCAUCUGCAGUAGCUCAGUUGGACCCUGCCGAAGUUGAAGCGCUCGGAGAUAUUGCAAAGGAGUUGGGCAUAACGACUUGGGAUUUCAAUGAGGUCCUUCGUUGCGAAGAAUCAGAUCCGGCGAUUGCUGCUGCUCCCAUGGACGAGGAACAGAAGAACUCCAUCACGUGCAAUUGUACCGUGGAACCUUGGCAUGUCGUAAACAUAUCUCUCAAACGUCAGGAUCUUCAAGGUGUGCUUCCGAAAGAGCUUGUCAGGCUUCCCCACCUCCAGAGCAUCGAUCUCUCUCGCAACUAUCUCAACGGUUCCAUCCCUCCCCAAUGGGGUACCUUGCCAUUAGUGUACAUCAACGUUCAGGGAAACCGCUUAUCUGGGACAAUCCCAAAGGCACUCGGAAACAUCUCCACUCUAACAAUUCUGAUCCUUGAAGCCAACCAGUUUUCUGGACAUCUGCCACAAGAGCUUGGGAAUCUGACCAACUUAGAGAAAGUGCAAUUUUCUUCAAAUGAGUUCACUGGGGAGCUGCCAACGACAUUUGCUAAGCUUGCUAAGAUGCACGAUUUUAGGAUAAAUGAUAACCGCAUGAAUGGAAUGAUACCUGAUUUUAUUCAGAGCUGGACUAACCUCACCAGAUUAGAAAUGAUAGGAAGUGGUUUAAAAGGGCCAAUUCCUCCCGGCAUUUCUCAGCUUGGAGAAUUAACUAAUCUGAGGAUCGGUGACAUAAAUGGGACUGGGGUGGCUUUUCCGCAGUUGAAUAAAAUGAUGAGACUAAAAACAUUGACACUGCGCAACUGUAAUAUUUCAGAUGUGAUCCCUUCAUAUAUUUGGCAGUUACCGAGCUUGAGAAAAUUAGACCUUAGCUUUAACAAACUGACUGGAAAUCUUUCAAGCAUCUCGCCUAAUACAUUUUAUCUGGAAUUUGUGUACUUAACAAGGAACCUGCUAAGUGGAUCUAUACCUGACUGGAUGUUGAAGUUGGGUCCAAGUACAAGCAUUGAUAUGUCUUACAAUAAUUUUACACCAGGAAACAAUGAGGCAUCUGAGUGUCAACAAAAUGGAGUCAACUUGUUCAAAAGCUCCUUUGUUGGGAACAAUAAAAGUGGAGAUUUUCAAUGUUCAAGCAAGAAGUUCCAUUGUGAACACCGUAAUUAUUGGUUGUAUAUAAACUGUGGUGGAAAGGAAGUAAAAGUUGGCAAAAACACUUAUGAUGAAGACCUAGAUAACAGUGGCUCUUCAUAUUUUCAUCGUAGUAAAUUCUGGGCAUAUAGCAGCACAGGAUACUACCCAGAUGCCAGUAAUUCUGAAGAUGGGUAUAUAGUACCAAGUAAAGAGACUGUCAAUGCCUCCAACCCAGAAUUGUACAAAAUGGCACGUGUUUCUCCCAUAUCCCUAACUUAUUAUGGAUUCUGUAUGGGCAAUGGGAGUUACAAUGUGACACUCCACUUUGCUGAGAUAGCCUUCUCCAACAACAAAAGCUAUACAAGCCUCGGAAAGCGCAUUUUUGAUGUUUAUAUUCAGGAAAAACGGGUCUUAAAGGAUUUUAACAUUGAAGAUGAAGCACAUGGUGCUUUUAAACCAAUAGAGAGGACAUUUCCCGCAAAUGUGACUGACUCCUUGGAGAUCCGCUUCUAUUGGGCUGGAAAAGGUACACAAAGCAUCCCCACCAGAGGAGUCUACGGUCCUCUCAUAUCAGCUAUUUCAGUGGUUCCCGAUUUCAUACCUCCCACUGAACGUGGCAAAAAGAUUUCUACUACUGCAGUGGUUGGGAUUAUAGCUUCUGUAUUAUUCUUUAUUUUCUUGGUUUUGGGUAUCCUCUGGAGGAAAGGCUGCCUGGGAAGCAAAACUGCAAGGGAUGAAGGUCUCAGGGGCUUGGAUCUGCAAACUGGUUCCUUUACCUUAAGACAGAUUAAGGCUGCCACUAACAACUUUGAUCCCUCAAACAAGAUUGGAGAAGGUGGUUUUGGGUCUGUUUACAAGGGUCUAUUACUAGAUGGUACCACAAUUGCAGUGAAGCAACUUUCUUCCAAAUCAAGGCAAGGGAACCGUGAAUUUUUGAAUGAGAUAGGCAUGAUUUCUGCAUUGCGACAUCCCAACCUUGUGAAGAUUUAUGGAUGUUGUAUCGAAGCAAAGCAGUUGUUGCUGGUAUAUGAGUACAUGGAAAAUAAUAGCCUCGCUCAUGCUCUGUUUGGUCCCAAAGAAUGCCAAUUGCAGCUUGACUGGCCAACUAGGAAUAGGAUUUGUAUUGGAAUAGCAAGAGGUUUGGCGUAUCUCCACGAAGAAUCAACAUUGAAAGUUGUUCAUAGGGACAUCAAAGCCACCAAUGUAUUGCUUGAUAGGGAUCUUAAUCCUAAGAUAUCUGACUUUGGUUUGGCAAGGCUUCAUGAAGAGGAGGACACCCAUAUUAGCACUCGAGUAGCUGGAACUUUAGGAUAUAUGGCACCAGAAUAUGCGAUGCAUGGUUACCUGACAGAUACAGUAGAUGUCUAUAGCUUUGGAGUGGUGACUUUGGAAAUUGUAAGUGGGAAGAGCAUCACAAGUUAUAGGCCAAAGGGAGACCACGUUCAUCUGGUGGAUUGGGCAUAUGUUCUGCAACAGCAAGGAAAUCAACUAGAGUUAGUCGAUCCGAGAUUGGGAUUAGAAUUCAACAAGGAAGAGGCAAUAACAAUGAUUGAUGUGGCCCUCUUAUGCACCAGUGCAUCUCCUACACUUAGGCCUAAAAUGUCUGCUGUGGUGAAGAUGCUCGGAGGCGUCGUUGAGGAUCCAAUUUCAGACCUGAAUUUAUUCAGUGAUGAUUUCAAUGCUAAAGCUGUUGGAAACUUUCCUCAAGAGAUCCGAAGUGUUAGCUCAAGUCCAACCCAUAGCCUGAUUGCGUCAACAGAUCAGCCCUGGACUGAAUCUGUAUCCAUCCCUGAUCUAUAUCCAAUCAAUCCGGAUUCGCAUAGUUGGAGUAACAUCAAUUAGUGAACUUUAUUUUCCAAGUAUGCAGCAUUUGGAAUCCUAUUACAGCUUGCCUUUUUCUUUUCGUUUGUGAUAACUUAGAGAUAUGGAAUUCCAUUAUUACAAAUGUACUAAAAACAUUGACAGCAGCUUGUUUGUAGUCGGGUCAGCUUGUAUGCAUCUGUUUGCUUGCUGUAUAAUACCUUUGUUUUUUAAUAAUGAGCUGAGAUUAUGUACCAGAUAUGAUUGAAAAUAAAAAUAAACUCAAUGUAGUGGUGACUUUCUGAUGGAUGGAUGGAUUGGAUCUUGGACCUAUA